AACAUAGCUCUAGUGGGCGCGUUGUUAGUUGUUAUUUGGCAAUCAGUUAAGCUAAAAUAUUCAAUCAGCUGUUAGAUUUCAUUUUUUUUUAAUGUCCUGACUGAUUCUACACAAAGCCAAAAAUAUUUAAAACGAUGGACAGCUCAGAGUUUAAAGAAUUUUCCAAGAGUAUGGCUGAUUUCAUCGCCAAUUAUUUGGACAAUAUCAGACAAAGGCACGUGCUUUCCACGGUUGAGCCAGGUUACAUACGAAACCUAUUGCCAGUAGCUGCUCCUGAGGAAGGCGAAAAGUGGCAAGCAGUUAUGGAUGACCUUGAGAAGGUCAUCAUGCCUGGGGUGACCCACUGGCACCAUCCUCAGUUCCACGCUUAUUUCCCGACAGCGAACAGUUACCCAGCCAUCGUUGCAGAUAUGCUUUCCGGAGCCAUUGCUUGUCUUGGCUUUUCCUGGAUUACAAGUCCCGCGUGCACGGAAUUGGAGAUGGUUAUGCUUGACUGGCUUGGCAAAAUGAUAGACUUGCCAGCCGAUUUUCUCUCUGGUUCAAAUGGGAAUGGUGGAGGCGUGAUCCAAGGCACUGCCUCUGAGGCUACGCUGGUAGCUCUACUCGGUGCCAAAGCGAAAGUCCUAAAAAAAAUAGAUGAACUUACUCCCAACACCUCAAAUGACGAAGGUGUUGCAGCAAAGCUUGUUGCAUACUGCUCAGAACACGCACAUUCCUCCGUGGAGCGAGCGGGUUUGCUAAGUGGCGUAAUAAUGCGCGCAGUUCCCGCUGAGGACGACUACCGCCUCCGGGGCGAUGCCUUACGUGCUUUUAUUCGGGAAGACAAACAAGCUGGACUUAUUCCCUUCUUUGCUGUUGCCACCCUGGGCACAACCAACUGCUGCGCCUUUGACGACCUGGACGAGAUCGGCACAGUGUGCCGAGACGAGGACGUUUGGUUGCACGUGGACGCUGCUUACGCCGGCUCGGCCUUCAUUUGCCCUGAGUUCAGACCCCUGAUGAAGGGCGUGGAGAAGGCCGACUCGUUCAAUUUCAACCCGCACAAGUGGAUGCUGGUCAAUUUUGACUGCGCGGCGAUGUGGCUGAAGGAGCCCAGCUACGUUGUUAAACCAUAUGGCGUCGAUGCUGCUUAUCUCAAGCACAACCACCAAGGAACAAUUGUUCCUGAUUUCAGGAACUGGCAAAUUCCGUUCGGCAGGCGAUUCCGCUCAUUGAAACUGUGGUUUGUGUUGCGCAUUUACGGCGUCAAAGGUCUGCAAGCGUACAUCCGCAAGCAAGUUGCUCUAGCCAAGCAAUUCGAAGGACUUGUUUUGCAGGAUAGUCGCUUUGAACUGGUCUGUCCUGCGUCUAUGGGACUUGUUUGCUUCGGAUUAAAAGGGAGGAACGAGCUGAACGAAAUUCUGCUGAAGAAGAUAAACUCACACGGUAGGAUUUACAUGGUGCCCUCUCAGAUCAGAGACAAGUAUUUCCUAAGAAUGGCUGUUUGCUCUCGAUUCUGUCAGCCGGCGGACAUGGAGCUCGCAUUCCACGAAGUUGCUUUGUUAGCGACAGAGCUUUUAAAUAUCUUGUCUUAAACUCAUUGACACUACAUUCCAUUCCAAUUAAGUGUAUUAAUCCUCAACUAGGAUUUUAUAUUUUAAUUCCUGUGUCGGACGUGAAUAAUCGCACUCAUAGCGCUGGGGAAUAUUAAUUGGUUUUGCUAGCAGAAUUACUGAUGGAAAAAUUAUAAGCUUAAAUACCUUCUUGUUCUCAUUGCAAGAAAGUAUCACAUCACCUAUUAUUGCUUUUACAAUAAAGAUAUAAAAAUAAGAUAAUAAAAUAGCAAACAAAACAACAUAAUUACUCCUGCUUUUUAUAUAUGUACCA